UUCAUGACUCCCGAGACGUUUCAGUUCAGUCAUUCAUCAUCAGGGUCGUUUAAUCUCCAUUUUUUCACCAUUAACUUGGAUCAUUUUCAUUCUGCUGAGAAAAUUCAGUAAAAAGUAGUGCACGCAUGGGACAGACAGGUAAAUAUGUAGGUGGAGAAGGUCAAAAUAAGGAUUUUUUUAAAUAAGUGGUGGUGGUGGUGCUAAAUUUUAAAAUAUAGUCAAAGUUUCCGUGGAAAUGAUCAGAAAAUUGGUGGUGACAUGAGAGGAAUUCGAUACCGGAAAAGGGUCGACGGGGUGGCGUCCUGUCUAUUUUUCUAUUUUGUGAUUCAUCUUGUUACUCUUUUCGUGAUGGGGGCGGACAACGUGUCAGUGUCAAGUUCGGGUAAAAAAUCGAGAACAUUUUCCGACUUGUUAAACAUCGUGGGGGGUUUGGGGGGCGGUGGAGGGAAACCGGAAGAUAAGACAUUUUUUGGGGAGGACGCCGAUGGAAAUGAGAUCUUGGUAGGGACCUGGUUUCAAUAUGGGUCCUACACCCUAGCCACGGCCAUGUUUGGGACGGGAUUUUUGGUCGCGUGUGCCGCCACGGCGGUUUAUUAUGUACUUUUUGUCGUCACGGAUCCGAGGCAGAGUGGGUUGACGAAGAGUAAAAGGAGCUUGUCCUCAACGACUUCAGCAGUUGAUCGGAUUGGUAAACUAUUUACCACGGUGGAUCUAGCGUUUGACCUGUAUGACAGGUUUGACUGGAGUAGUGACGAAUGUCGGAGGAGGAUGUGGUGUCAUUUUAAUGGGGGAAAUAGUGACGAAAAGAGGACCUUUAUGCCAGACUGGGUUAAGAAGAGUAAUUAUUGGAAUCUUCUAAAAGUGGUCAGUUUAGAUGACGCGACGAAUUUGGACUGCUCCGAAGAUACUGAUGACGUCUGUACAUUUCCAUUUGACGAGUUUGGGAAUAAAGUUAAAUCGUUGUAUGAUUAAUUAAUUAAUUUUAAUUUUUGUAUGUAUUGCUCAACUUGAAUAGCGUUUUGAAUAAAUAAAGAUGCCAAGUAUCAUUAUAGAUUUA